AUGAGAUUCUUUCUUCCUGUCCUCGCUCGUCGCUCGUCUCUCUCGAAGAAUAGAAACACGUCGAAGGGUGAUGGUCCAGCGCUGACUCUCGCCUCCUCUGUUGCUCUUGGAGGUCCGACCGAGGGAGGGCACGGGAUGCCGACGAAGCAAAGGUGGCGAUCAGGAAGCACGAGACUGUCAAUCGUCCGAGGACCACCCUCGAGCGCUGGUUGCUUGCGACCCAAGACACGUCGCACGCACCGACGUUUACGCCCGCGUGGGUUUUUUCACGCCCUCCGAUCUCCAUCGCAGGGUGGAAGGCCCAGGACGAUGGCCGUCUCGUCCCGGGCCCCGGUCCUGACUAGCCGCAGCCCGGUAUCCUCUGUGGACGACCUCGAUUUUCUUCAUCCGCAUCGGACAAAAAUACCCCAUGCAAAUGCCCUUGUUUUGCAUGUUUGAACCGAUGUUGUCGUGAAGACAUUUGGCGGCCGUUAUGACAAUUCCUUUUUGGAAUAUUAGCUUGCACGAGGUUUUCCUUCAAGAAUGGUACAUAAAUAGUUGAUUAUGUGGUAAAAAGUUAGCAAGCUCUGGAAAUAGCAGUCAGAAGAAAAAAAUAACAGAAAUAUGUCUGUGGAGUGCUCCGCCGAGUGCUCCAUAGAAAAAUCUAAAAGCAAAAUAAAAAUAUAAAAAAUCUUCGUGGGUGAAAUGACUACACGUAUCAUUUUAGAAAGC